CGUCCUCUUUGAUUUGGAUUUCGUCGGGAGUACGCACAUCGCUGCGAUAGGAUUGAUCGACAGACACAAGGUAGCCUUUGUGGCGUUGUCCUCGCCUGCUUCCAAGGCCAGUGGCAACUGCGUCAACAAACAGUAUUACCACAAUAGCAGCCAGUGCCUCCCGACUCGUUGCCAUCGAGUGGCUUAUGCGCCGUUCGAUAUAUAAUCAGACAAACUCCUCGCUAUCGUCCCACUCAUCUCACACUCUUUCUUCGUCACUAUGCUGACGCCGACGACUAUCGAACGGGCGGCGUCCUUGAAGGCGGAAGGUAACGCGCUAUUCAAGGCAAAGGAUCACCGAGGUGCAUACGAAAAGUAUACACAAGCCAUCAGUCUCGACGAUAAGAACGCGAUCCUGUACUGCAAUCGUGCUGCGUGCUCUCUAGCAUUGGCGAGGCGUUUAGAUGCUGCAGAAGACGCCGACAUGGGGAGCUUGAGCACGCAAAGAGAAGCAAUUAACGCUUUGAACAAAGCACUCUCCUUACUACCUCCCGAGAAUGGAUCCACGCCAGCGAUCCAAAAGCAGAGGGCAGAGUAUUUGGCGUUGCUUAACGCCGCUACGAAGCAGACGACGACGAUGGAAGAGGGCGUCGUGAUCAGGACGCGGCAUCUGUCUGAGCUAGUAGGUAUACCGGAUGACAGGAUGCCAUGGAACUUGGCGGCUUCGGCCAUUCCGUCAUUGAAAGCUGCUGGUCAAUGGAAUAGUAGCGCCUGGCUUAUUCAGUACUCACGCAAUGAAUGGAAAAGGGGCAUAGACAUCUUGAAGGAGCUGAAAGUCAUGCCAGGACCUGGCGAGAACGAACACUCUGCGAUGGGACUUCAAGGAUGCGUGGAACGGCUGAGCAACUGCGUGCUCUCCGAUACUCGCUCGUUCAAGAUAAUGCAGCAAGAGGUCAGCGAAAUUAUGGAGAAGUUCCCGAGCCAACUGCGUCUCGAGCUUAUGACCCAUGGCGGAUGGACCUCUGGUGGCUCUCGCAAGGUCAUCAAGGAGGCGUCUCAGCAACUGAAAUCCGGGGAUCUCGCCGCGAUCCGUGAAGCCCUUUCACUUACCGUGAGAGGCUGGAUCAUGUUGGGCUGGAUCGAGGAAUACUUCAUGGACGCCCUUGAACACGCUUUGGACUACUACACAUGUGCCUUUGAAGUACUGCAGUGGGGACUAGAGCUGUGGAAGGACGAAGACAUACAAGUGCCAGGGCUGGCCUUCCAGCCUGCGUUUGUUCGCGCUGUCAAAUGCCGCCAUCUUUGGGUACUCGUGAAGGUAUACAGAGAGAAGUUGAGCGAGCAGAUCUUGGAAGAAGUCGGCGCAGGCGCCCAGGAUCUUAUUGAGGAGUUGGGCGAAGAACGUGAGACACCGCUAGGAGAGUGGGAGACCCCUAUUUUCCUGGGCUUCGUUCGGUACCAGCUCGCUGAGGCCCACAACCUCCGUGCCUGGUACUACCACUGCGCGGGUAAACGCGAGAGGCUUGCCGCUGGGGGCAUCACCGACGAGGUCAUGGACCUGUUCUCUCUCUCCGCCGAGUCGUACCUGCAAUCUGCGGAAGUAUACCCGGAGGACGACGAGCAUCAUUUCUGGUCCCUGUACUACGCCUACAACAUCUUGCUGGAUGUCGGGCAUCCGGCGGGGGACCUCAUAUACAUUAUGAAGCGUGCGCAAGAAGCGGGCACCAAGAUGAAGACGAUAUGGGAGGUCGCGAUCCACACGUGCGUCUGCGAGCGCAAGGACGCGCUCGAGAGCUGUAUCAAAUGGCGAGCGGAUCUCGUAGCGAAUAUCGAGCAGGGGACCAUCACGGACGCCACUCCUAUCAUGCGUCCGCCGCCGCCCGGUAUGAAGUGAACAUAUCCUCUGUUCUAUGCAUCCACUUGUAGCGUUCUAGGCCUCUCGCGUUGUAUUUCUGUGUUGCUGUAUCUCUGUGUUUGUCGUCGUCGUCGCUUUCCUUGUACCAUACCCACGAGUUCCCUCG